GUUAUCAACUUUUUUGGGGCCUCACAACACACAGCAGUGCCCUUUAAUUGACAGACAUCUUUAUUAUAUAUUGGCGUUCUCAACGUCUCCCCCCCUCUCUCUCCGCCACCGCCUCAACUUUCGUGAGUUGACUGUGCCACUGGUACUACCCUUCGACCCUCCUUUCAGUCUUGGUUAUAAAAUGCGGCCCUCUCAUCAGGCUCUGGUGCUGGUGGGCAUCAUAACUCAGAAUGGGGUUGUCACAGCUGGCUCUGCGUUGCCACGAGGUGUUAGUCCUGAAUUCGCCAAGUUCUACGAAACCAAAGACACAUUUACCUGCAUCGGCCACCCCUCCAUAGCCAUUCCUUCCUCGAGGGUGAACGACAACUCUUGCGACUGCCCUGACGGUACCGACGAGCCUGGCACUGCCGCUUGUGCUCUGCUGGACCGCCUCUCUCCAGAGCAGCCCUUUCCUUCAUCUCAAACGGGGACUACGAAUACCACAAAUGCUCUGCCCGGCUUCUGGUGUGCCAACAAGGGUCACGUUGGUGCCUAUGUCCCCUUCCUGUACGUGAAUGACGGCGUUUGCGACUAUGACCUCUGCUGCGACGGCACCGAAGAAUACGGAAGAGUCGGUGGCAUCAAAUGCGAGAACAAAUGUGCCGAGAUCGGAAAGGAGUAUAGACGGAUCGAGAAAGAGCGGGGUGACGGACUGGAGAGAGCCAACAAGCGCCGCAGAACCAUGGUGAAGGAGUCUAAGGAACUACGCCGCCGGGUCGAGGCUAAGAUCGGCACUCUUACCGAGGAGAUCAAGGAGCUCGAGGUUAAGAGAGAGGAUCUUAAAGCCAAGCUCGACGAGGUAGAGCGCCAGGAGCGCUUUAAGGUCGUCAAGAACGAAGGAACCGGCAAGCUGGGCGUGCUUGUUGGCCUGGCCAAGAAGAGGGUCGACGAGCUGCGCGAGACUCUAAGAAAAGUCGCGAGUGAGCAUAAUAAGCUCAGAGCGCGUGUCUCGGAACUCGAAGGCAUUCUGACGACAUUCAAGGACGAAUACAAUCCUAACUUCAAUGACGAAGGUGUCAAGAAGGCCGUUCGAGCUUGGGAGGACUACUCAGUGAAAAAAGCUGCAGAGGUUACCGAGGAGCUCAACGAGGUUGAUAUCCAAGAAAUCACCAAGGAAGAUACCGAGGAAUCUGGAAUCAACUGGAAGGAAUACGAAGAGGAAGAGGGCACUGACACGGACAUUCUGUACAGCUUCGAAGCUUACCUCCCUGGCUCGCUUCGUGAAUUCCUCCACACCAAGAUCAACCUUUUCCGGAUCUGGCUGAUCGAGAAUGGCCUCCUGGCUGACACCGGCUCCGGCAAGACCGAGUCUCGUCUCGUCAAGGCGGCGCGGGAAGCGCACGACUCGGUCGCAAACGAUGUCAACGCCAAGGUGCGAGACCUGGACGACCAGAAGCGCGACCUGGAGAAGGACUACGGGAAGGAUGACAUCUUCCGAUACCUCAAGGGCAAGUGCAUCGCGACCGAAGCCGGCGAGUACGAGUAUGAGCUGUGCUGGUUGGACAAGACGAGCCAGAAGAGCAAGAAGGGCGGCGGCAAGACCAACAUGGGCAAUUUCGACCGUUUCGAUUGGGGUGAGGCCGACGAGGAGGAGCGACACGACGGCAAGGGCCUCGGCCGGGGCAAGCGACUGGUGCUGCGCUACGAGAACGGCCAGGGCUGCUGGAACGGCCCGAACCGGAAGACGGACGUGUGGCUCGCAUGUGCCGAGACGGAGGAGCUGUGGCGGGUCAGCGAACUGGAGAAGUGCGUGUAUAAGAUGGAGGUGGGCACGCCCGCCGCCUGCGAGGAGGCGGCUGCUGAGCCGGGGCACGUCAAGGAUGAGUUGUGAUGUGUAUAUGCGUAAGAAAAAAGAGGGCGAGAGAGCCAUGAUGAGACACGAUGAUGACGAUGACGAGUAAUAAGGGCCGCACAGACGCGGCUAACUGUUAGAAUCUUGCGACAGAUACUUGCGAUCAAUACUUAUAGGGGGGGACGAAUGUCCCGAAAUCGCUGCCUAUUCACGUUUUAUAUCGCCCCGGUCUCACUGCGCGAAAAGGGGGGG